GACAGUAAGCGCUGCUCUCUCCGUUUUUCAUUUUUCGCCUCUGAUUUCGCAGCAGCAGCAGGAAUGGCGGAUUCUUCAUCAUCUUCCCUUUCCUCAGAGAAAUCUGAGGCCGAGAUCGAAGAAACUUUGGACCGGAUGCUGACUCGCCUAGCUCUCUCUGACGAUUCCAAGCUCCAAACCCUUCUCUCCAAGAUCCUUCCUUACACCAUCUCCUCUCUCUCUUUCCCUUCUCAAUUAAUCCGGAAAAAGGUGAUGGAGAUCCUUACUCACAUAAACAAGCGAGUGAAGCACCAAGCACAGAUAGGAUUGCCUUUGUUGGAGUUAUGGAAGAUGUAUGUGGAGGCUAAUGCUGCACCGAUGGUUAAGAAUUUUUGCAUUGUCUAUAUUGAGAUGGCAUUCGAGCGCUUACCAGUAGAGGAAAAGGCUGAUAUGGCACCUGAGCUGGUAGCUAAUGUUUCAAACGUUCCUCCUCAACAUCAAGACAUUAUUUUGAGAAUUUCUGCAAAGGUGAUUGGCGAAUGCCAUUCAAGUCAGAUUGAUGAAAAAGUUGCUGCAAAAUACAGAUUGAUUGAAGGUGUCAAGGACAGGCAGCUAUUUGUUGAGUUUUGCCUCCAUACAAUUUUGUAUCAACCACCACCUCAAGGCAUGGGAUGUCCAGCAGGGCUUUCCGUUGCCCAGUCGGAUCGUAUUACUGGGAAGCUUCCAUUGAAAGGCGAUUUGCUUUUAAUGAGAAAGUUAGGGAUAUUGAAUGUAAUUGAAGCUAUGGAGCUAUCUCCUGAGCUUGUUUACCCUCUUUACAUAGCUGCUUGUUCAGACAGUCAAGAGCCUGUUAUUAAGAGAGGAGAGGAGCUUUUGAAGAGAAAGGCUGCUGGUGCCAAUUUAGAAGAUCGGGACCUGAUAAACAGACUAUUUUUACUGUUUAACGGUACCACUGGAGUUGAAAACAUUGCUGCGGAUGCUAAAGUUAGUCCUGUGAACUCUGGAUUGAGAGCCCGACUGAUGUCUGUUUUCUGCCGGUCUGUUACUGCGGCAAAUGCUUUUCCAUCCACAUUGCAGUGCAUUUUUGGCUGCAUAUAUGGAAGUGGGACCACUUCAAGGUUGAAGCAGCUGGGCAUGGAAUUCACUGUCUGGGUGUUUAAACAUGCAAACAUGGAUCAGUUGAAGCUUAUGGGCCCCGUUAUAUUGAGUGGAAUUCUGAGAUCUCUUGAUGGCAAUUCAAAUACGGAAUCAGACGUAAUUGCUAGGGAUGUCAAAUCCUUUGCCUUUCAAGCGAUUGGGUUGCUAGCACAGCGCAUGCCUCAACUUUUCAGAGAUAAGAUCGACAUGGCUGUUCGCCUUUUUGAUGCUUUGAAAGCAGAGAAUCAAUUUCUUCGUCUCACCAUUCAAGAAGCAACGAGUUCCCUCGCGGUAGCUUAUAAGGAAGCUCCCAAGGUGGUCCUAAAUGAUCUAGAAGUGCUUCUGCUGGAGAAUUCUCAAGUGGAGCAAAGUGAAGUGCGGUUCUGCGCAGUGAGGUGGGCAACGUCUUUAUUUGAUAUGCAGCAUUGUCCAAGCCGGUUUAUUUGUAUGCUUGGAGCAGCAGAUUCUAAACUGGAUAUAAGGGAAAUGGCACUUGCAGGUCUCUUUCCUGUGGUAGAUCUAGGGCCAACCAUUAACAAGAAUAAUAUCCUUAAAUAUCCUAAGAUGAGAGAUAUGCUAGAUUAUAUUUGCAAGCAGCAACCGAAGUUGUUGGAUUCCACCGAAAUAAGGGAAGAAAAACUUCUUUUUCCAUCAAAAAUGUACGUGGCUAUGAUUAAUUUUUUGCUGAAGUCCUUCGAGGCAGAUGUUGAGCAAGAUGCCUCUAUGGUCGCCGUGUCUGAGUUCCAUUCUUCAUUGGAGACAAUGUGUCUAUUGCUAGAACAUGCUAUGGCAUUUGAAGGUUCUGCUGAGCUACAUGCUACUGCCUCCAAGGGAUUAAUUUCCAUCGGAUCUCAUUUUCCUGAGUUGAUAGCAUCACGUUACGCAGGGAGAAUUUCAUGGUUAAAGCAACUGCUAGGUCAUGUAGACUCUGAUACUCGUGAAUCUGCGUCCCGCUUACUAGGAAUAGCAUGCUCUGCUCUUUCUGCAUCUUCAGCAUCUGCUCUCAUUUCUGAACUUGUUUCCUCGAUUAGUGGAGCUCACAAGUUAAGGUUUGAAAAUCAGCAUGGAGCAUUAUGUGCCAUAGGAUAUGUUACAGCACAAUGCAUGACAGGCACGCCUCCUGUUGCGGAGCCAUUGCUUCAGAGUACCAUUAAUCGUCUGGUAGAUGUGGUCAAGUCUGAGAGUGCAACAUUGGCUUCCAUUGCGAUGGAAGCACUAGGUCAUAUUGGACUGCGUGCUCAGUUGCCUGCACUUGAACAUGUUUCUGUUUCAUCUGGGAUUUUGACGAUCUUGCACGAAAGGUUGGGCAAACUACUCUUAGGUGAUGAUAUCAAAGUGAUCCAGAAGAUUGUUAUUUCACUCGGGCAUAUUUCUUUGAAGGAAACAUCAUUUUCUCUUUUGAAUGAAGCCCUCGAUUUAAUUUUCAGUCUUUGCCGGUCAAAGGUUGAAGAUGUACUCUUUGCUGCUGGGGAGGCUCUAUCAUUUAUGUGGGGUGGGGUGCCUGUAACUGCCGAUUUGAUACUCAAAUCCAAUUAUUCUUCCCUUUCACUCUCUUCAAAAUAUCUUACUGGUGAUGCGCCCUCAUCUUUGCUGAAACAUGAGUCUACUGAAGAGAAUGAGGCAAGUGACCACCCCCUUGUCAUGGUCAGAGACGUGAUAACUAAGAAGCUUUUUGAUGUACUACUAUACAGUACCAGAAAAGAGGAGCGUUGUGCUGGAACUGUCUGGCUAUUGUCACUGACAAUGUAUUGUGGGCAUCACCCUAAAAUUCAACAACUGCUUCCUGAAAUUCAGGAAGCCUUUUCUCACCUUCUAGGUGAACAGAAUGACCUCACACAGGAGCUAGCAUCUCAAGGUAUGAGCAUUGUUUAUGAACUUGGUGACGAAUCAAUGAAGAGCAACUUGGUAAAUGCCCUCGUAGGCACAUUAACUGGUUCUGGAAAGAGGAAAAGAGCUGUCAAGCUCAUGGAAGACUCUGAAGUAUUUCAAGAGGGAACUAUUGGUGAAGGCCUUGGUGGAGGCAAACUUAGCACCUAUAAGGAACUUUGCAAUCUAGCCAAUGAGAUGGGGCAACCUGACUUGAUAUAUAAAUUUAUGGAUCUGGCUAAUUAUCAGGCCUCACUAAAUUCCAAGAGGGGUGCUGCUUUUGGAUUUUCCAAGAUUGCAAAACAAGCAGGGGAUGCACUUAAGCCACAUCUACGUGUGUUGGUUCCUAGGCUUGUUCGAUACCAGUAUGACCCUGAUAAAAAUGUGCAGGAUGCAAUGGGGCACAUCUGGAAGUCACUUGUGGCAGAUCCGAAGAAAACCAUUGAUGAAUACUUGGACAUCAUUAUUGAAGAUUUAUUGUCACAAUGUGGGUCAAGGCUUUGGCGUUCGCGUGAGGCUUCUUGUCUUGCCCUUGCAGAUAUUAUUCAAGGGCGAAAAUUUAGCCAGGUUUCUAAGUAUUUGAAACAAAUAUGGAUGGCAGCUUUUCGAGCUAUGGAUGACAUAAAGGAAACUGUCCGAAAUUCGGGUGAUAGUUUAUGCCGUGCUGUGAGUUCUCUAACAAUAAGGCUAUGUGAUGUAUCACUUACUCCAAUGUCAGAUGCAAGCCAAACAAUGGACAUUGUUUUGCCUUUCCUGCUGGUUGAGGGCAUAGUGAGUAAAGUUGUUAGCAUCCAAAAGGCAUCUAUAAGCAUAGUUAUGAAGCUCUCCAAGGGCGCUGGCAUUGCAAUUCGGCCACAUUUGCCUGAUCUUGUUUGUUGCAUGCUAGAGAGUUUAUCAAGCUUGGAAGACCAGAGGCUCAACUAUGUUGAGCUGCAUGCGGUAAAUGUUGGCAUUCGCACGGAGAAGCUAGAAAAUUUACGAAUUGCAGUUGCGAAAGACUCCCCAAUGUGGGAAACUCUUGAUCUAUGCCUGAAAGUUGUUGAUACCCAAUCAUUGGACCUUUUGGUUCCUCGUCUUGCUCAGCUGGUUCGUUCUGGGGUUGGCCUAAAUACAAGGGUCGGAGUUGCCAGCUUCAUUAGCUUACUAGUUCAGAAACUUGGUGCUGACAUCAAACCAUUUACAGCCAUGCUGUCGAAGCUCCUGUUCUCUGCCGUUCAGGAUGAAAAGAGUGGUGCUGCAAAACGAGCCUUUGCUGCUGCUUGUGCAAUCAUAUUAAAGUAUGCAGGCUCCUCUCAGGCUCAAAAAUUGAUUGAAGACACCACUGCCUUGCAUACAGGGGACAGAAAUGCUCAGAUUUCUUGUGCAACUUUGCUGAAGAACUAUUCACAUAUUGCAGCAGAUGUUGUGAAUGGAUACUAUGCCAUAACUAUUCCUGUCACUUUUGUGGCAAGAUUUGAGGAUGAUAAGGAUGUUGCUACCCUCUUUGAGGAGUUGUGGGAAGAAAACACAAGUGGUGAAAGAGUCACCCUUCAAUUAUAUUUGGCUGAAAUAGUUUCUCUUUUAAGUGAUGGCAUUAUGUCAUCAUCAUGGUCUAGUAAGAAAAAGUCAGCCAAAGCAAUCAGAAAGUUGAGUGAAGUUUUAGGCGAAUCCCUCUCUUCUUCUCAUCGCGAUUUGCUCCAAUGUCUUUUGAAAGAACUACCUGGGCGUUUAUGGGAGGGAAAAGAUACUAUUUUAUAUGCAAUAGCUGCAAUUUGCACAUCAUGCCACAAAGCAAUUUCUGUUGAAGAUCCUACCAUUCCAAAUACUGUGUUGAGUGCGAUAUCUUCUGCAUGCAACAAAAAAGCAAAGUCCUACCGUGAAGCAGCUUUCUCCUGUCUCCAACAGAUUAUAAAAGCCUUUGGGAAUCCAGAGUUCUUUGGGCUGGUUUUUCCUUUGUUGCUUGAGGCAUGCAACAGAAGUAGUGUUACCAAGCCAGGGCAUGUACCUUCAACAAGUGAUGCUAUUAAAAAAGGUGAAGAGAAUACCGAAGAUGAUGUUUCUGCUCCGCUUGAUAUUGUUCUGGACUGUAUUACCGCAUGUAUCCAUGUAGCGCAUCUGCGCGAUAUUCUUGAACAGGGGAAGAACUUGAUACAUGUAUUUUUAUGUGCCCUCUCUCCUGGGUUUUCUUGGACAGUUAAAAUGUCAGCUUUUUCAUCAAUUAAAGAGCUUUGUUUGAAGUGCUGCCUUCUUGGCGAUGAUACUCGGAGUCCCUCUCAAGGCAUGGAUGUCACAUCCUUGAUUCAUGAGUUGUUUCAUUCUGUGGUGCCUCAAGUAGUUGAAUGCAUAAGCACAGUAAAGAUUGCUCAGGUCCACAUUGCUGCUUCUGAGUGUCUCUUAGAGAUGACCAAGCUGUACAAAGCUUCCCUGACAGUGUCAAGGAAAGAAGCCGGCUUCAAGGAUGAGCUCAUUCAUCUCCAUGAGGUGGAAAAGAGCGAACAAGCAAAGUCGCUUCUCAGGAAAUGUAUUGACAUCAUCGAAGAUAUCGAGCAGGAAAAUGCGCCAGCAAUCUAAAAUCGGGUACCCAGACCAACCAAAGGGAUCCAUUAACUAUAGGGAAUGGGCAUUACACAUUUGGUAGGCAGUCUCGAGUCUGUAAUAUUGUCAGUUCAGGAAACUCAUAUCUACAACCUAAGCUUUUGAUAGAUACACCAAUACAACACUUUUCAGUGAUACUCUAGUUUGAAAAGUAGAAGAAAUUGAUCAUAUACCAAUCAAAAGCAUCAGGUUUAGAUACCAGUUCCUGUCAUUCAAUUUUCUUUUUUAAUGAUAAAAAGAUGGUUUUUUCUAUCCUCUUAAAGAAAUGAAAUAUCCAUUCAAUGACCAUUUUUUAUGCUGC